CUGUCAGGAGCCAGAGCUCAGUGAGGCAGGCUGUGCCCAUGCCGUUAGGACCCUGAACAAACAGCUGGUUCACCCCAGACCACCGCUUUAAAGGGAAAGAGAGAGGGAGGGAGGGAGGGAGAGAGAGAGAGAGAGAGAGAGAACAGGGAUAGAGCAAGAGAUAGAAAAUGGAGAUAGAGAGACAGUGUGACAGAGAGAGAGAGCAAGAGAGAGAGAGAAACACCCACUUUCCAGCAGGCAGUAACGCUCUGGGGGCACUCUGGCACGCCCUGUAAAAAUAAGAGGAGUGACUGACAGAUUGGGCGUCCCAAAGCUUCCUCAGAGAGAAAUGAAGGGAUGAGAAACGGAGGAGUAAUAGACGACGGAGGAGGAGGAGAGCUGGCGUGCGUGUGUGAACGCAGAGCGGGAUAAGCCGUGGUGUGGACUGUAAUGGGUUAGCUGGUGCCUGUGCCCCAGGCGCCCUCUGUGAAUGUCUCUCACCAUGGCCAAGCACGAGACCAGCAACAGCAGCCCCGUGGUGCGGCAGAUCGACAAGCAGUUCCUGGUCUGCAGCAUCUGCCUGGACCACUACCACAACCCCAAAGUCCUGCCCUGCCUGCACACCUUCUGCGAGAGGUGCCUACAGAACUACAUUCCCCCGCAGUCCCUGACGCUGUCGUGCCCCGUGUGCCGACAGACCUCCAUUCUGCCGGAGAAGGGCGUGGCCGCACUCCAGAACAACUUCUUCAUCACCAACCUGAUGGAGGUGCUCCAGCGGGGGCCAGAGUGCGCCCGUCCCGAGGCCUGCAGUGUCCUGGAGUCCGUCAGCGCUGCUGUGGCCGGGACACCGCUCUGCUGUCCCAACCACGAGGGCAAGGUGAUGGAGUUCUACUGCGAGUCAUGCGAGACGGCCAUGUGUCUGGAGUGCACAGAGGGAGAGCACAGGGAGCACGUGACCGUCCCUCUACGGGACGUCCUGGAGCAGCACAAAGCCGCACUGAAGAACCAGCUUGAUGCCAUCCGUGGCAGACUCCCCCAGCUGACGGCGGCCAUCGAGCUGGUGAGCGAGAUCUCCAAGCAGCUGACGGAGCGCAAGAACGAGGCGGUGAGCGAGAUCAACUGCACCUUCGAGGAGCUGGAGCGGGCGCUGAAUCUGCGCAAGAGUGCGCUCAUCACCGACCUGGAGAGCAUCUGCAACGCCAAGCAGAAGGUGCUGCAGGCCCAGCUGGCCUCCCUGCUCCAGGGGAAGGAGCACAUCCAGAGCAGCUGCAGCUUCACGGAGCAGGCCCUGGACCACGGCAGCGCCACCGAGGUGCUGCUGGUGCAGAAGCAGAUGAGCGAGCGGGUCAGCGCCCUGGCCCGCCACGACUUCCCCGAGCAGCCGCACGAGAACGGCCACCUGGACUGCCUGGUGGAGACGGAGGGCCUGCGCCGCUCCAUCCAGAACCUGGGCGUCCUGCUGACCACGGGCGCCGUGGGCCACACCAGCGUGGCCACGGGCGAGGGGCUCCGGCACGCCCUGGUGGGCCAGCACACGUCCGUCACCGUCACCACCAAGGACAAGGGCGGCGAGCUGGUGCGGACGGGCAACGCCGCGCUCCGCGCCGAGAUCUCGGGCCCCGACGGGGCGCGGGCCGACGCCGAGGUGACGGACAACAAGAACGGGACGUACGAGGUGGGGUACACGCUGCGCUCCGAGGGCGAGUUCUCCUUCGCCCUGCUGCUCUACGGGCAGCCCGUGCGGGGCAGCCCCUUCCGCCUGCGGGCCGUCAAGCCCUCCGACGUGCCCCAGUCCCCCGACGACGUCAAGCGCAGGGUGAAGUCGCCCAGCGGGGGCGGGGGCCACGUCCGGCAGAAGGCCGUCAGGCGCCCCUCCAGCAUGUACAGCACCAGCAAGAAGAAGGAGAACCCCAUCGAGGACGAGCUCAUCUACAGAGUCGGCUCACGUGGGCGGGAGAGGGGGGAGUUCACCAAUCUGCAGGGUAUUUCUGCCUCCAGCAAUGGCAGGAUCGUGGUGGCAGACAGUAACAAUCAAUGUAUCCAGGUCUUCUCCAAUGAUGGACUAUUCAAACUUAGGUUUGGGGUCAGAGGUCGUUCGCCUGGCCAGCUCCAGCGCCCCACAGGCGUCACCGUGGAUAUGAACGGUGACAUCAUCGUGGCCGACUACGACAACAGAUGGGUCAGCAUCUUCACUUCAGACGGCAAGUUCAAGAACAAAAUCGGCGCCGGGCGCCUGAUGGGGCCGAAGGGCGUGGCCGUGGACAAGAACGGCCACAUCAUCACCGUGGACAACAAGGCCUGCUGCGUCUUCAUAUUCCAGUCCAACGGGAAGCUGGUGACCAAGUUCGGCGCGAGGGGGACUUCCGAGCGCCAGUUUGCAGAAAAAAGUGGUGCAAACAUUGCACUGGAGCAAAAGCUUAGUAAAUCUGGCCCAGCGUUCAGUCCACACUUUGUAGCUGUAAAUAACAAGAAUGAAAUAGUGGUGACAGACUUCCACAACCACUCCGUUAAGGUGUACAGCGCUGACGGAGAGUUCCUGUUCAAAUUCGGCUCUCACGGAGAGGGCAACGGUCAGUUCAACGCCCCCACGGGCGUGGCCGUGGACGCUAACGGCAACAUCAUCAUCGCUGACUGGGGCAACAGCCGAAUACAGGUGUUUGACAGCUCCGGGUCCUUCCUGUCCUACAUAAACACGACGGCGGACCCCCUGUACGGGCCCCAGGGCCUGGCCCUCACGUCGGACGGACACGUGGCCGUGGCCGACUCUGGGAACCACUGCUUUAAGGUGUACCGCUACCUGCAGUAAGACCUCGGAGGAAGAGGAGGAGGAGAGGAAACGGGAAGAAAACACACAGGGUUCAAAACAUUCUCAAUGUUUUCCGCUUUAACCAUUUCGACUCGACUCAUCAGACGGACUGUAAGAUACUUGUACCUUUCACCCUUUCCAAGCUCUCCUGGAAAACAAGAAACAAACAAACAAACAAAUGUAAAAAAAAACGUUCUUUGAUGUUUUUCUACUGUAUCGUUUGGAAGCAAACCCACUUUGAGCCGAAGGACUUUCCAUUAAAUAAAAAUGAGAAAAUAAUGAAAGUAUGUCAGGAACUCGACUGGAGGGAUAAAAAAAUAAGCGUGUGUAUAUAUAUAUACAUAUAUAUAUUCAAAGUGAUUAACCGCACCUAGUGUGGACAAAGAAGAACAUUGAAAGGCAUAAGCAAGACGGAACGUCGUGGAGCAAAAACAGUUUUCCAAAUGCAUGAAGUUGUAGCUUAUCGGAACCACAGCUGAGACAAAGUAUGUUUGUAAACUGGUCGCUUUUCCUGGCAGUAAAUGCCUGAAGAAAAAUGGAUGACUCAUACCUCUCUUUUAACUCUGAGUGCAGUAUUGAGACUGAAUCUUUCUCUAUUUGGUCAUUCGUUGUAACAGCAGAUUUUAUCCAUGACGAAGUAAGCCAUCUUGAACAUGACUUCAAACACACCAUCUUGUGCAUUUAAUUUUGUUGUAUAUUUAUUCUUGUAAACACAUAUCUGUAUAUCCUGUAAAUGGACAUGUUCUUUGAAGCUGCAUUUAUGUUAUAAAACUUAUGGGCCUAAUUGAGUAACUCACAGUUCAGAUAACUAGCAUUUCAGCAUUUGUAACAAGUGUGUAGGUCAAGAUUGAAAUCGUGUGGGUUUGAACCUGGACAUAUAAGCCCAAGCUUAUGAAAUGAAGUGUGCAGUAUUUAAUGCAAAUAGCUAUAGCACAAUGACUCACUUUUUAUGUGCUCUUUUUAAGACAAAAAGGAAAAAGUACAAAAAACAAGAAGUUACUUCUUAAUUUAUUUUAUUUUUUACGUGAUUUUAUCUUUUACAGAUUAUUUUUUUAAUUUUAUGCAUUUGUUUUCGUUUCCGCCAAAAUUCGGGUGCAGGCCUUGACGUUAUAUUGUAUCUACUCUGUCUGUGGAACACCCUGAUAUAGUCAGCAACUAAUGACAAAAACGAAAAAUUUCUUUGUAUUUUUUUUUUGUUGCCAAAAAGCAUAAAUUGGUUACUGUUGCCAUUUACUGAGAAGGUGUAGCUCAUAAACUUAUGUAUAUUGAUAUUAUAUAUGCUAUAUCUAUAUAGCAUCAUUGCUAUUAUUAUGGCAGAUAAUUAAAAUUUCUCACUUGCGUUACUUUAAGGAAUUUAGAAUGAAUGCAGCACAAUGCUAAGUUGUUCUUAUAACCAACCCACGGGCUCAAAUGUGGAAUGUGUUAUGUUUCACCAACCUCUCCUCUGACGGACUCUCUCCUGAUAAUAUCACAGGUUCAGAAAACAGUAUUUGCAGUUACAUCAUCACAGUCAGUCCUGCUGUGCCUUGUUUAAAAGUUGUGAACGAUGGGGGGGGGGGGGGGGGGGGGGGAAACUGACAGCCAUUUCGGCAUUCUUCGGUUCAGAAGGGUCACUGUCAUUGCAUGUUGAAGACUCUCAUUUAGAAUAGUGAAUUGAAUCCUGUGUAGGCUACAACAGUCAUGCAACCCUUAUAGGUUAGGCCACCUCAGUCCAGUGUGAAUUCACAUCACCUCAUUUGUUCAUUCUUUGACCUUCCUGAAUCUAAAAGAGAUAAGGUCUUUCAAGUGGUCAUUGCAAUUCCAUGUCUCUGUUUUUACUAGGAACUGCCCAGAGCAUUACGUAAUGAAGAAAUCCCAUGGAACACAUUAAGUAUAUUCACCAUGUUUAUGUUUAGAUGCUUGACUCAUUAACUGCCCUGUAGUACACAUUUAUUGAAACCUCACAUAAGUACAUUGUUUCUUGUAGGUUGUGGGGUACCUGUUGAAAAAUCCUUGAAGGCUUUUUCUUUUGAAGGCUUCUGUUGAACGAGUUUUACAAGACGUGCCAUGACCGGUUAAUGCCUGGACAUUGCAUUUAGUAUAGGGCAUACUGUUAUAAUUGUGAACAGGGUUUAGGGUUCCUACACAUGCAAAUCUUGAAUUUGCUUUAUCUGUACUGUAAUGUGAAAAUAUUUAGCUUCAUUCAAUUAUUAAGCUUUUCCACUUAAAGGUGAUAUUUAUGCAAUUUUUAAAAACGCUUCUUUUUCUUUUGCUAUACAUUCCCCAAAAUAUGAAAUGUCAUGAAUUUAGUGAUAUCAAUAUUCUGUCUUCCAAAGCAUGCAAUGCCCCAAAUAAACUGGUUA